AUGGAGCAUUCCAGACGCAGCGCAGGAGCAAAACCCAGCCCUCUCCUCUCCAUGCGGUCGCGGAGGCUGGACGCCAGGGCCCGCCAGGACGCGGGCGGUGUGAUCUUCGUCGUCCCCGCCGGCAGCGACGACAUGGACGCCGAAGCCGUGGUCCUCACCGGCGGCGACGUGGAGGACCGGGUAGUCUUCACCGGCGGCGAGGAGGACAAGGACCGCGUCGUCGUCACCGGCGUCGAGGAGGACAAGGACCGCGUCGUCGUCACCGGCGGCCAGGAGGACAAGGACCGCGUCGUCGUCACCGGCGGCCAGGAGGAGAAAGCUGGCGAGCUCUACCGCUUCGGCAACCGGGAGGUGUUCAUCGCAGAGAUGACCCUGUACGAGCUGGUGAUGAUCUGCCACGACGAGACGGGUCGGCUGCUGAACCGGGCGCGUCCGCCGCUCGACAAGCUCCAUGGCCUCGACAUCCUCAACGAAUCGCACCACCUGAUCAAGGAGGAGAUGCGCGACACCUUGAUCACCAUCGCCCGUGCUGGAGUGGAUGCGAAAUCUUUCACAUUGUGUGACCGGUGCCAUAAAAAGUUCAACUGCCAUCUGCGUAUACGUGGCUGGCUUUUAAGAAAUGUGGCACCGAGUACAUAG